GUCGGUCCCGAUCAGUUCUUGAGUUCAAUUAAAAGAUCAUUGUCUAUUGCAAUAUCAUGUUUACAUCGCGUGGCUUAUUUUCGAAACACGUAGAGGCUGCAGAAUAUUUUAGACUAGGAAAUAAAUACAGGAAUGGCGAUACGGAAGCCGCCUUGAAGUUGGUCAGCCAAAAAAAUUCGAGAGUGGAAAUCAAAGAAGACAAUUGGGAUCCUGGCCUAGGCGGUGACAAAAACAAAUAUAAAGUCAGCGGUUUCUCUGAUGGCGAUCAUCAAAAAAGAAAGCAAUCUGAUAGUUCCGAAAAAAACGCCAAAGAUGAUGUACCGAGCAUAUCAUUUUUCACACUGUUUCGUUUCGCCACUACAACAGAUGUUUUGUAUAUUAUCAUAGCCCUGGUAUCAUCGGCUGUGGCAGCCUGUUCCACACCAUUGAAUACUCUGUUAUUAGCUGACUUACUGCAAAGCAUGGUGGAUUUUGGCAUCUCCGUAGUUCAAGAGAAUCCAAAUGGAGACGCAUUCUUGGAAUCACUUUUCUACUUCGCCUUGUAUAAUUCUAUCAUAGGCAUACUAUUGGUCAUUUUCACUUAUAUCGCAACGGUACUAAUGAAUAUCGCUGCAUAUAAUCAGGUAUAUAAAAUAAGACAAGAAUAUCUCAAAGCAGCUUUGAACCAGGAUUUCGAGUAUUUUGAUAUCCAUAAAACUGGGGAUAUAGCUACCAAGAUAAACAGCGAUAUACUGAAAUUAGAAGAUGGCAUUGGUGAAAAGCUGGCCACUUUCAUAUUUUACCAGUGCUCAUUCAUCAGUUCAAUUAUCAUGGCGCUUAUAAAAGGCUGGAAGCUGGCCCUCCUUUGUCUGAUAUCAUUUCCGGUUACAAUGACACUUGUUGGAGUAGCUGGACUGGUGGCUUCAAGGCUAUCAAAGAAAGAAGCAAUAGCGUCCGGUAAGGCCGGAGCGAUCGCCGAAGAAGUGUUGUCGUCUAUUAGAACAGUGUACGCGUUUACGGGCAUGCAAAAGGAAAUCGAACGAUAUGAAAAAUACCUUAUAGAGGCGAGAAAGAUCAAUAUUCAGAAAGGUCUUUUCAACGGUCUCGCUAUGGGCUUCCUUUUCUUUUGUAUAUUCUGUGCGUACGCAUUAUCCUUCUGGUUCGGCUACAGACUUAUGGUUGACGAACCAGAGAAUUAUGAUGUAUCAACAAUGAUCGCAGUUUUCUUUGGUGUAAUGACCGGAUCCGCUAAUUUCGGUGUAUCAUCAACCCUAAUGGAAGUGUUCGGUGGAGCCCGCGGUGCGGGUGCCCAAAUCUUUAAUUUAAUUGAUAAUGUACCAAUAAUUAACCCAUUGCGGAAUCUCGGAGUCACGCCGCCAUCCAUUGAUGGUAACAUUGAGUUAAAAGAUGUGGUAUUCCAUUAUCCUUCUAGACCUGAUGUACCAGUACUCAAAGGCGUAAACCUAAGGGUGAAAAGAGGGCAGUCUGUCGCGCUUGUUGGACAUUCGGGAUGUGGAAAGUCAACGAUCAUACAACUCAUAUCUAGAUAUUAUGAUGUUAUAGACGGAAAUGUGUGCAUUGAUGGUAAUGAUGUUCGUCAACUGUCUGUUCGUUGGCUUCGGUCUCAGAUUGGUCUGGUCGGUCAAGAGCCUGCGCUUUUUAACAUGACAGUUCGCCAAAACAUUCGCUUUGGUCGCGAGGAAGCUACAGAUCAAGACAUCGAAGCGGCAGCAAAGCAGGCAAAUGCUCACGAAUUCAUCAUGAAACUUCCCAAUGGCUACGAUACGCUGGUUGGUGAAAGAGGGGCUUCGAUAUCUGGUGGACAAAAGCAAAGGAUUGCUAUAGCGCGUGCUUUAGUCAGAAAUCCUCCUAUUCUCCUCCUAGACGAAGCGACGAGCGCUCUAGAUACGUCAUCUGAAGCCAAAGUACAAAAGGCUUUAGAUAAAGCCCAAGAAGGUCGCACAACAAUUGUAGUGGCACACAGACUUUCAACUAUCAGAAAUGUUGAUGUUAUUUACGUUUUCAAAGAGGGCUCUGUAAUUGAGACUGGCAACCACGAUGAAUUGAUGAAGUUAAAAGGACAUUACUACGAUAUGGUAAUGCUGCAAACGUUCCCUGGAAGUGAGGAGGAUGACGACAAUAACGGAGACAACGAAAGUCGGCUGUCUCGAAAAAUAUCUAAUUUGAAUAUAAACGAUGAUGACGACAUUAUAGAAUUAAAAAAUUAUGGUGUUGAGGAACACAGUGACGUUCCAACUGAUGUGUCAUUCUGGAGAGUAGUCCGCUUAAAUUCGCCAGAAUGGAAAUCCGUUUCUCUAGCCAGUUUUUGCGCUUUUCUUAGUGGAUUUGCCAUGCCUCUCAUCGCAGUAAUCUUUGGUGAUUUUAUUGGGAUACUUUCAAAUCCAGACGAAGAAAAAGUUUUAGCAGAGGUACAACGUUUCGCGUUGAUAUUCGUUGGCAUAGGCUUAUAUUCUGGCGUUGCUAAUUUCACCAUGGUAUUUUUGUACGCCAUUGCUGGGGAACAUCUAACGGAACGUUUGAGAAAGAUGAUGUUUGAAAAACUCCUUCAACAAGAAGUCGCAUUUUAUGACGACAAGAACAACACAACUGGAGCACUGUGCGCUAGAUUGUCGGGUGAAGCAGCUGCUGUACAAGGGGCCACAGGGCAGCGUAUCGGUACUGUAUUGCAAGCAAUCGGGACAUUUGGUUUUGCUCUGGUACUUUCCUUAGUGUACGAAUGGCGAGUGGGUCUAGUUGCUUUAACGUUUAUUCCAAUAUUGGUUUUUGUACUGUAUAAAGAAGUAAGGAUGGCCUACGCGGAAUCCUUCGGAACUGCGAAGACAAUGGAAGCUAGCUCAAAGACUGCGGUAGAGGCAGUGGCUAAUGUACGAACAGUAGCCUCGCUGGGUGGAGAAACGAAAAUCUUACAAGACUAUAUAAUACAGUUAUUGCCAGCACUUUUGUCAGCAAAGCGUGCUUCGCAUUGGCGUGGUGUUGUCUUUGGACUUUCAAGAUCUUUAUUUAACUUCGUUAUUGCUGCAUCUCUGUACUACGGUGGUACUCUUAUAGUGUAUGAAAAAAUCGAAUAUGAAGUUGUAUUUAAGUCUGCCCAAGCUCUUCUGUUAGGUGCUUCAUCUGCAGCACAGGCUUUCGCUUUUGCGCCCAAUUUCCAAAAGGGAAUCAAGGCAGCAGGACGAGUUGUUUCAUUGCUAAACAGAGAGUCUAAAAUUACCGAUCCUCACGAACCAGUAACCAAGGACUUCUGUGGAUCAGGUGAAGCGAGCAUUCAAGCGGUUCAGUUUAAAUACCCGAAUCGUCCAGCCAUACAGGUGCUUAAGAAUUUCAAUCUGGAAAUUGAGAAGGGAAAAACAUUUGCACUCGUCGGCAGUAGUGGCUGUGGUAAAAGUACUGUCAUUCAACUUCUUCAAAGGUUCUAUGAUCCUGACGACGGCAUUGUGGCUCAAGAUGGUAUUCCUCUACCUAAGCUUACACUCGCAAACGCAAGACAAUCAAUAGGAUUCGUACAACAAGAACCAGUUCUGUUUGAUAGAACUAUCGGGGAGAACAUAGCAUAUGGAAAUAAUGCAAAAAAAGUCAACAUGGAUGACAUUAUCGAGGCUGCAAAGCAAGCCAAUAUACAUAACUUCAUAACUUCGCUGCCUUUGGGAUACGAGACGAACAUCGGGACUAAAGGCACUCAACUGUCUGGUGGACAGAAGCAAAGAAUAGCUAUAGCCAGAGCUUUGAUAAGACGACCGAAAAUGCUGUUGCUUGAUGAAGCGACUAGCGCAUUGGAUACAGAGAGCGAGAAGGUUGUCCAGGAAGCAUUGGACGCUGCUAAAGCCGGUCGAACUUGCGUGAUGAUUGCCCACAGACUAAGCACCGUGCGUGAUGCGGACAGCAUUUGUGUUGUAAGCGACGGGAGAAUAGCCGAGAAGGGCAAACACCACGAACUAUUAGAACUUAAGGGCUUAUACUAUAACUUAAAUAGACGUGCGCAUUCAUAGAAAUCGCAGUGAUCAAUACUUAUCAUAGUACUCAUAAAAAAAUAUAAAAAAUAUGACCAAAGAGUUUUUUUGUUUUUUGCGAAAGCGGUUAUGUCGUUCUAUUUUAGUAAUGUAAUUUUUAUAUCAUUUUAAUUUUAUCUACACAAAUGUUUGACGCUCGUGAUGGGGAGUUUAAUUUGGAAAAUGUGAAAGGUCUGCUAUAUUUCCAAUUAUGUAUUCCUGUGAACUUAUUUACAAUCCAUUUUUUUUUGAGAAUCAUUCCUGCCACUGUACUUUGCUUGAAAAAUGAAGAACUUGUACCUAUUUGUAGUAUCCUCUAUUGUUUUGACAGAAGAUAAUCUACUAUCUGAUGAUUAUAUAAAUUAGUCCCACAUAACUAUUGAAUCACCAAUCUAGGUAAUUCUUGUGUUUGAAAUUAUCUUAAUUUGUUAUAAUGUAAUAUUAUAUUCAAUACGUAUUUGUUUAUUAGUAUUUUAUUUGAUACCCAAUUGUUUUU